AUGAUUGAGGAUGGAGAGCAGGUGCUUACUGAAGAGGAGGACAUCCGUAAAUCAACAGAGAAUUUCUUUAAGAGGUUGCUGACGGAGGAUGUAGGACCGCUUGUUGAUCCAGAUCUGGAUAUUAUUUCUUCUCUACCCCCGCAUGUGGACAUGGAUUUGCUGGAGAAGGCUCCUGUGGCAGAGGAAGUUAGGCAGAUUAUUUUCAGCAUGAAUGUGGAUAGUGCUACAGGGCCGGAUGGGUACUCUGCAUUGUUCUUUCAAAGUUGCUGGGACAUUAUUGGUGGGGAUGUGACCGAGGCUGUUUUGGACUUCUUUGGUGGCUCCCAGAUUCCAAGAGGUAUUGCAGCGACUCUAAUUGUUCUUGUCCCAAAGAAGAAGAAUCCGACAAGAUGGGCCGAGUUCAGGCCGAUCAGCUUGUGUAAUGUAAUGAAUAAAAUUAUUUCCAAGCUUCUUGCCUCAAGGAUGGCCCCGCUGCUACCUUUGCUCACAGUUCCAAAUCAAAGCGGCUUUGUUAAAGGACGACUACUUAGUGACAAUGUACUUUUGGCUAAGGAGUUGUUUCAUGAAAUCUGGAAAGGUGUGACGUCUCCAAAUAUGGUGUUAAAGCUUGAUAUGGAGAAAGCUUAUGACCGUGUCCAAUGGUCAUUUUUACUCAAAGUUCUAGGAAAGAUGGGAUUCUUGGAGAAAUGGCUAAUGAUGAUUGGGAACUGUAUAACUCCCUGUUGGUUUUCGGUGUUAAUUAAUGGGAGUGUGGCUGGUUUCUUCAAGUCGACAAGAGGGCUCAGACAAGGAGAUCCAAUCUCCCCCUCGCUAUUUAUCCUUGCAGCUGAUUACCUGUCGAGGUUGCUUGACCACCUUAUUUUGGAUCGAAAGGAAAUGUUAUGUCGCACGGCAAGAUACACUAUGGGGAUCUCGCAUUUGGCUUAUGCAGAUGAUAUAAUGAUCUUCUCGCAGGCCAAAAGUUCUUCUAUUUUGCAGAUAACAGAGUGUUUAAAACACUACAUGGAGGUAUCGGGCCAGAAAGUGAAUGUGAGUAAGAGUUGUUUCUACUUGGAUAAAAAGCAUAUUGCUUGGGCAAGAGAAGUGAGGGAGGUGCUUGAGCCUACAAAGGGGGCGAUGAGACAGAUUGAGCAAGUGAUGGCUCUCUUGGCUGAUACUGUGGAGGCUUUUAGCAUAAAGAUGUGGUGGUGGUUUAGAGGAUCUAACCGAUUUAGCCCGAUGAGGAGGAGAUUGUUCAAGGUUGGGGAAUUAUGCAGGGAGCAGGUCAGGUGGGUGGUGGGGGAUGGAAACAUUAACUUUUGGUAUGAUUCUUGGGUGAAAGAAUACCCGCUAGCAAGCAGGUACAACUCCAGGCCGUUGCUUCCUUCUUUGAAAGUCAGUGAUUUGUGGACGGGGGAACAGUGGAAUGAAAUGGAACUCUGGAGGAUGAUGGAGGAAGAGGGGCUACCGGAGGAUGUUGUUGUGCAGAUUUUGCAAAUUCCUUUUGAUAGGAGGGUUAGGGAUAGGGGUAGAUGGAAAUUAACUGGAAAUGGGGAGUUUUCUGUAGCCUCAGCUUGGGAAUUGGUGAGAAGUAAAGCUGGGAAGAGGCUCAUCUUUGAAAUGAUUUGGGGGAAAGAAAGAAAUGAAAGUGUGCAUAGGGAGAAGGUGUUUGAGGUUGGGAAUGUGAUAAAGAAAGUAAAUACUCAGUUGAGAUACUUGGUCUUGGCAAAGUUGAUAGGCCCAGAUCAGUGGAGGGGCUGCUGCCCACAAUUGGAUGUGAUGGUUGGUGUGACGAGUGUGGGACGGAGGGGGAGAGUUGAGAGGGUGCAGUGGCGGUCGCCAGAUAUGGGUUGGGUGAAAAUCAAUGUGGAUGGUGCUUUUUCGCCUAAUACACAUAGGGCCGGUGGGGGUGUGGUAAGAGAUUGUGAGGGAGAGAUACUUUCUGCAUUUGCUGCAGGUUUUGAAGUAAGAUCAGGUUUGGGAGCUGAGGUGGCAGCUGUUUUGGUUGGCGUGGCCCUGGCAAAGCAAUGUGGCAGGAACAUUUGGAUUGAAUCUGACGCGGAAUUAGUGGUUCGAUGGCUUGACACGGGUCAGCUGGGGCCGUCAGAGGUAUGUGUUGAGUUGGCCAAAGUUAGGAGAGAGCUGGAGGAAAGCAGGCUCGAGACUGAUGUAUACAAGGGAUUCGGUGCCUUCUCGGGUAAAAGUGUUAUGCAGGCUCGAUCAGAUGGGAUGGCCGAAUUUCCAGUUCUGAGGUUCGUUGAUGUUGCAGGGGUUCUAAUAUCUUACAGGGAGGUUGGUGAAGGAGGCACGGUGCUGGUCCGGGGGUGGCGCUGGAGACUGAGGUGCUGGAAAGCUGGUGCUGGCUCGGUGAUUGGAACGAUGCAAUGGAGCAGAUGGUUUUUUUGUUAG